GAACGUUCCCAUUGGCUCCAUAAUUACCUAUGGAUUAUGGCAGGAAAAGUGAAAUGGGUCACUGAUAUAGAGAAGUCAGUGCUGAUAAGUAACUCUGAAAAGAGAGGAUGGGCCCAAGUGACAGAAAACGAGGACUGGAAUUUUUACUGGAAGAGCAAGCAAACCAUCCACAAUGUUUUUAGUGUCAAAACCGGCUACCGGCUCUCAGCUGAUCAAAUAGUCAACCAUUUCCCGAACUACUAGGAACUGAUGCAGAAGGGUCUGAUGGUGAAAAAAAUCAAGAGAUACAGGAAAGAGCUGGAGAAGAAAGGGAGGAGUCCUUUAGCAGAGAAGGACGAAAGUGGGAAACACCUCUACCUGGACUUCGUCCCUGUCACCUACAUGCUGCCCGCCGACUACAACCUGUUCGUGGAGUUCAGGAAAAGCCCCUCCAGCACCUGGAUCAUGAAACCUUGUGGCAAAGCUCAGGGAAAGGGCAUCUUUCUGAUCAACAAGCUCUCGCAAAUCAAAAGGUGGUCCUGGGACAGCAAAACAUCUUCGUUCAUGACUCAGUCUACCAAGGAAGCCUACGUGAUCUCUCUGUACAUUAACAACCCGUUACUAAUAGGCAGCAGGAAGUUUGACCUGCGCUUGUAUGUUCUGGUGUCUACGUACCGCCCACUGCGCUACUACAUGCAUAAACUUGGAUUCUGCUGCUUUUGCACAGUAAAAUACACCCAGAGUACCAGCGAGCUGGAUAACAUGUUUGUUCAUAUCACCAACGUUGCCAUUCAGAAACAUGGGGAGGACUACGACCACAUCCACAGGGGCACGUGGACCGUCAACAACCUGCGGCUCUACCUGGAGAGCACCCGAGGCAAGGAGGUGACCAGCAAGCUGUUCAAUGAAAUCCACUGGAUCUUCAUGCAGUCUCUGAAGGCCAGGGCACCCAUAAUGAACAACAACAAACACUGCUUUGAGUGCUACGGCUACGACAUCAUCAUCGACAAGCUGAAGCCCCGGCUGAUCGAGGUGAACGCGUCCCCAUUCCUCACCUCCAGCACUGCCAAGGAUCAAAUCCUUAAGUAUAACCUGAUUAAUGGCACCCUUAACAUCGCGGUCCCUAACUUUGAAAUUCCAGACUGUAAAUGAAACAAGUCACCCCCAAAGGAAGUCCUUGGCAAUUAUGAAAUUCUAUAUGACAAGGAGCUGGCACAGGGCGACAAGGCUGACCAAGGGCUGAGAAGUCCACCAGGCCAGUUGCUGGGGCCCAGAGGGGGCCGAUCGAGAGACUCCAAGAGGACCGUCCUCACAACCUGGAAGUGA